AUGAAUGUAUUCUUAUCUAUGGCAGAUAUUUUUCAAGUAAUUCUCUGGAAUGUCGACAUGAGUAAUGAUAACAAUUACCAAGGGGUAAAUCAUCGUAGUGCUUCUGCCGGGUGCCUCCAAAUGAAGCAUCAGAAAUCACUAGUGCUUUUCAAGAAAAAUGGCCUUUUUCCAAGAAUUUGCUUACAUUUUCUUGGAAUUUGUCUAGUGCUUCAAUGCACCAAUGGUGCUUCUGCCGGCCAAUUUUAUUCGAUGAACAGCCCCUUGACAAUUACAUAG